AUGGAGAAUCCGAGCGCAGACAACAUACCUCUCGAAGACCUGCCGGCACCGGAGCUGCUAAGUCUGAACCUCAGGCGGGCUUUGCAGCGUGUUAUCUUAGAUGAUGAUACUAACAAUGCCACGCGCCGCGAUAGCGUCCAAGAGAUGCUACAAAGUCUGAUCUCGAGCGAUAUCUCUAGUAUGGCUAAAUGGGACUUGAAGACUCUGUCCCUAUCGUAUCGCUUCUUCAAAGAACGCCAGCCAUCAAAAAUUGACCACAUCGAUGGUAAAUCCGUGCUCUCAUUUGACAGGCUUGCCGUGCACUGGAUUUUAUCAGGACCAACAUCACAGCCCAACGCAACAUCAAAGGACGACACAUUCUCAGAUUGGGCAUGUCGGCUUGCCGUUAGGCUUUCGGAUAACUCUCCCAAUUCUCUCCAAAUCUUGGCAAUAAGUGAAAACCCGCAGGCAGCGGAUUUGGCAUCGUUGAUUCCCUUCAGGCUUAAAACUCUCGCGAGCGUGGGUCUGCUCGGGAACUUGAACACAGUUUACCGUCAGCCUGUUUUGCUAUUCAGAUGCCUCGUCUCUACCCUUUGGCAAAUACAGAGUUCUUUUGAUUUGAGCGAGAUCGGAACUUUUGACAGUGAUGGUUUCGCUGACCCUCCUCCCCUUCAACCCAUCUCUCUUCAGCGGCCAGCUCAUGGCGAGAUUUCUCCAGGCAACGAAGUCUAUUGGGGAUUGAACUGCUAUGGCUCCGGAAACAUGGAUCCAACUUAUUGUCCAAACACCCUGCGCCUCGCCUGGCAACACAUUGUGAGGCCAUACAAAUCCGAUUUCAGAGUUUAUAUCUCAGAAACUGAGAAAAGUUUGCCCUACUACGAGUAUGCACUCAUCAAUUAUCGACCUGUCGCUUCUAAUUGUGACCAGGCUCGAAUUUUUAUUCAAUUUCGUUCACCCAACUCUGUAGAGGAGUUCUCCACGUUUCUCGAGCAGUCCAGAAAAUCAACUGGUGGAAACGAAGACCAAGAGACAAGUGCUCCUGGUGAGUGGUGCACCGAGGAGGAAGUGCUAAUCUGCAUAAUGUGUGUCUUUCAGGUGAUGAGAUCAGGCACAGUAAAGUUUAUUCAGUCCAUUCACAAAGAACUUAUUCGUAUGCGCGGAAUCAUACGCUUGAGCCCUUCGAGUAGCAAGAUGAAAUAUCUUCUUCAUCUUGAGGAUUGUCUUAGAACGAAUUUGCAAGGAAUCGAACACAGCAUGGCGACUCUCCGAACUCUGCAAUUGUGGAGAAACCCCGAUGAGAAAUUGAAGAACCAAUUAGACACUAUAAAGAGGGACUUGGAGUUUCUGAAAACCCAAAUGGGAACCCUGUUGGACAACGUUAAACGCAACGAAGAGGUCUUGCGCCAGCGAUUUCAAGUCGUUCAAGACCUACGUCUAUUUAGGCUCACAAUCCUAGCAGCCAUAUUCUUACCUUUGUCAUUUACAACCAGCUUCUUUGGUAUGAAUAUUGAGAGCCCAGCUAUUGAAGGCCCAUCGGGAUUCUCAAAUUGGGCCAAAUCACAGUUGGAAGGACUGUCUCCAGAACUACGAAAUUCAACCGAACUUCUCGCCUCUACCAUAGGGGUUUCCGGAUCUCUCAACUUCAACUGGCGCAUUUUCGGCAUCACCGCAGGCUGUCUUCUCCUCACUCUCCCUAUCUCGUUAGCCAUAGGCAGCAUAUUACGCGCCAUAGCUAAAGGGGCUUCCAAUGCGGCGAUAUACUGGCGUACCUUUCUUGCCAUAGUUGCUCUAUUCUGUAUAUUUGUCGGCAUCGGCGGAUACUAUUUUUUGCACAAAGGUGUCUGGAUAGGAGUGAAUUCGUCGUUACUGUUAUAUGGACUCUACGUGGUUCUAAGAGCCGCCGUCAGAAGAAAGGAAAAACCCUUCUUCUGGUCGAUAAUUGUCGUUUUUACGGUGUUCACCAUGUCACUUACUUUAUCUUUUGAUAACCCAUUUUUCUCGUUCUACAUGUUUAUCCCAUACGCAUUGCUUUUCUUUCGGUUCAAUUUGAGAUAUAAUGCGAGCGUGUGGGGUUUCCUUUAG